GUGAACUGCGACUGAUCUGUACCUGAUCCUGCUGACCUGUGGCUGAUCCAGCUGACUUCUGGCUGAUCCUGCUGACCUGCGGCUGAUACCCCAAUACCCUGUCUUGUCUCUGUUCUACCUAUUGUUUCUGCCUUCCUUCUGUCUAAGCCCCAUAAUUCGCUGAACCCAUUUCAGAUCGACAUGCCGAAAAAGGGCAGGAGAUCACAGUCUGUGAAGUUGUCCUGGGAGCGACGACGUCGCUCCCAAGCACCUCUUCCACCUUCUGCUGAUAUCUCUGCCCGGCAUGAGCGUGCUGUUGAAGCAACUGACAGACUUACAAAUGAUUUGCAAAUGAACAACUAUGAUACAAACGACAAGCAAAUGAUAACAAACAAUAUACUACACUCUGAGAAGAAGAUUGCUGCUGAUGUUUCUAUUGCUGUAACGGUACCAGUGCAACACGAUUUGGUAAUGUAUGUGAUGGCAACUCACAGCCAAGACCAUCCGAGAUACGGCCAAUCCAGAAACAGUCAAUGUGUGGCUAAUUCGGUAACGUUUCUGGCUUUCCUGCAGGAUAUAAAUAACGUGACUACAUCUGACCUGGAUGCUGUUCUCAGUGUGGGUAAUGAACUGUAUACAUUUACUGUGGCUGCAUUGAAAGCCCGAGGAUGCUUUCUAAACAGUUUUUUGACAAUUGAUGAACUUCCAGAGAUUGUAAGCAGUUCCACAAAACAGCAUGUGUUAAUUAGGAGUAUGUCAAUGUGUGGGUUUUUCACCUCUUUCCAUGGAGAUGCGCUCUUUCUGAACCUUUGUGACAGACUUGAGUGCUUGACAUCUGAGGUCAGUUGCGCUCUUCUGAUUAUGCAGACGACGUGCAUUGCUGUUUUCCGUGACCACCAAGGCAAGUACGGAUAUUUUGAUCCCCACUCUAGAGGACGAGAUGGCCUCCCUGCUCCCAAUGGCACAGCUGUCAUGAUGCUUUUCGUGCAUCUGAAUGACCUUAGAAAUAAAUUGACAGAGCUCUACGCACGUUUGGAAUGUUCCUGUAAUUCUCAGUAUGAGCUUGUACCGGUUCAGUUUGAACCUAUUGAUGUUCCUACAAAUGACAUUGAGAUGGUGCCAUGUACUUCAUUGCAAUCUGUGCUGGCGGAUGUUGACGACGACUGUGUGAGCAAAGCUGUUUCCGAGACUUCAUAUUUGGAGAUGAGUGAUUCUACAACACCUGCUGGUGAACAACGUCACUGCAACGAGUUGAUCGAUGGUGAAGUGGUUUCUUGGACUACAGGUAAAGAGCUCCAACGCUUGUCAAAAAUUCCCAAAUCAAGUAGGAGAAAAUUUCUAAGACGAAUGAAGGCACAAGAAAAUUUGAAUGCCAAAUCUGAACAAAGACGUAUAAAACAGGAACUAAAGAGAAGGAAUAAAAAUCUGAGAAAUAAGGAAAGGUACAGUAAAAAUUUAGAGACAAGACAGAGGAAGAGGUGUUAUGUUACAAAGCGUUAUCAGCAAGACGUACAUUUUCGCACAAAACAAAAGUCUUAUUAUACACAACGUUGUAGGACUGAUCCUAUCUUUAAGAAGAAAAAUCAUUCCCGCUUCUUACUUCGUUAUAAGACAGAUAAUUGUUUUCGAAUGGGACGACGCACCUACAGAACCCAACGCUACCGUGACGACCCUGAGUUUAAUGCAAGGCAACGUUCCUACGUAACGCAACGUUACCGUGACGACCCUGAGUUUAAUGCAAGGCAACGUUCCUACGUAACGCAACGUUACCGUGACGACCCUGAGUUUAAUGCAAGACGGCGUAGCUACGUAACGCAACGUUACCGUGACGACCCUGAAUUUAAAGCAAGACAGCGCAAGUAUAUUACACAGCGUUAUCAUGACGAUUUUAGAUUUAGUUCUAGACAGCGCUUUUACUUUAAACACCGUUAUUCUAGCAAUCCUGAAUUCAGAGCUAAACAUCAGGAAAUCAUGAGGUCCAUUAUGAGAACAAAAUCUGAUUCGUUGCGUAAUAAAACAAUGACCAGAGCAAGUACGAUUUUACAAAAAUACAAAAUCAUAAAUCGGCUGUGUAGAGAGCAAAAUGAAUGUGUGUUAAUGAAAGCCGUGGACCUGUUCAAAGACCAAAUUAAGAAUGGACCCACGUUUGUUUGCACAGUUUGCCACAGAGCCUUAUUUCCCAACCAGGUACAGUCUUGUCGGCGUCUCCUUUAUAAGCAGAACCGAGAUGUUGUUGCACGUUGUCUCACGGGACAAUUUGUUCAUAUUUGUAACGAUGAAUGUCAUACGUCGUGUAGAGUACCGGCUGAAAGAAAACUAGAGUGGAUAUGUCACACCUGCCACACACAUCUCAAAGAUGGUAAAAUGCCAGCAAUCGCUGUUGCAAACAAUCUCACGCUAGCUGAUAUUCCAACAGAACUGCGUGGAUUGAACAUAUUAGAGAGACACCUCAUUUCCAAAUGCAUAGCGUUUGCCAAAAUUGUACCGCUUCCCAAAGGUCAACAACGAGCCAUUCGCGGAAAUGUUGUGUGCGUGCCGUCUGAAGUACAGGAGACAGUCGAUGCUUUGCCGAGGAUAAGAAGUAAGUCGCAGAUGUUGAGAGUGAAACUGAAGAGACGGCUUUGCUACAAAGGCCAUCAGUUUUUUCAAACUGUCACUUGGUCCAAGCUAAUGAGCGCUCUGAUAAAACUGAAGCAAAUUCAUCCGCAAUACAGAAGCAUAACUAUCCGCGACGAUCCGGACCUUUGCGACCCAACCCUCACUGAUGACGAGAGCGGCUCAGAUGAAGCGGAAAUGAGCGACAUCGAGUACAAUGAGGAAGCCCUGGAGGAGAUGUACAGAUUUGAGACUGAAGCUCUGCGUGAAAUGAACGGUGAGUCACAAAAUGUCAAUCAGCAACAAGGAAAUCUAGAAGAUGGUGAUCAACCUAGCGGUGGAGUUAUACUUGAAUCGUGUCUCCAACCGAGUGACGUGUCAGAGGAAAUUAUGAGUUUUACUGAGGGCAUUUACUCUGUUGCUCCUGCAGAAAGAAAUAACCCUGUAAGCUUUUUCAAGACUCCCAAACUCGAGGCCAUGGCUUUUCCAGUGCAGUUCCCGAGCGGGCAAAACACGCUCGAUGAAGAGAGACCGAUAAAACUCACACCGAGCAAGUAUUUCAAAACCCGACUGUGUUGCGUGGAUGAACGUUUUGCGAGGGAUCCGACCUACUUGUUCUUUGCUCAGUUUGUGACCGAAAUCUACCAGGCGACGUCGAGCAUGUCAAUACAGCUACGCAAAGGUAAACCGUUUACCCGAGAUGGUCGGAGAAUUACCAACGCUAUGCUUCAGGACAAACGUCAAGUUGAAAAACUGGUGCGCAGCAAAGACGCCGUCCGCUUCAUGACGCCGCUGAGAGGCACGCCAGCCUAUUGGGAGAGAACCACCAAAGAUCUUUUUGCAAUGAUCCGACAGCUGGGUACACCCACGUUCUUUUGCACAUUUUCUGCUGCUGAAAUGCGUUGGGAAGAGGUCAUCACUGCCAUCAAAGCGCAACAAGGUGAAGUGGUGAAUUUUGCUGGAUUGGACUGGGCUACCAAGUGCGAAAUUCUACGCGGCAAUCCGGUGACGACGAUGCGCAUGUUUGACAAACGUGUGGAAGCUCUGUUCAGAGAUUUGAUCCUCUCUCCGGCGCAACCGAUUGGUGAAGUGGUUGACUACUUUUACCGAUUGGAGUUUCAGCACAGAGGAAGUCCUCACAUUCAUUGCCUCAUAUGGGUUAAAGGUGCCCCUGUAUUUGAGGAAUCCUCAGACAAAGCCAUCUGUGAUUUUGUAUCCCGCUACAUCUCCGCUGAGCUGCCGGACCCGCAAAAGGAACCCGAAUUGUACAAAAAAGUCACAGAGGUUCAGAUGCACAGCAAAAGUCACUCCAAAACGUGUGUCAAACACCAGGGUGCAAAUUGCCGUUUUGGAUUCCCCAAACAACCGUGCCACGAAACGAUGAUCAUCAGACCUGCGCCCGUAGACGACGACAAUCGAGAUCGACACGCGGAGAAUCGCUCGGCGGCCAACGCCAAGCUUGUUCCCGUGCUAAAUCUCCUGAAUGAGCCUGAAACUUCAUCCAUGACUUUGCCUCAGCUGCUGGCUAAAUGCGAGCUCACCGGUGACGACUUUGUGAACUGUUUGCACCUGACGGCCUCGUCGAGUUCUGUCGUGCUUAAGCGAGAACCCAAAGACUGCUGGGUCAACUACUACAACCGCCAUUUGCUUCUUGCCUGGGAUGGAAAUCUGGACAUUCAAUACAUCCUGAAUGCCUAUUCUUGCAUCGCGUACAUCUGCAGCUACAUCAGCAAAGCGGAACACGGUCUGAGCCAAUACCUGAAAUCGGUCAUUGAGAACUCCCGCAACGAAAAUGUCAACGAGAACGACGAAAUGAAACAAAUUAUGCAAGCGUACUCCAAGAAGAGGGAAGUGAGUGCUCAGGAGUGUGUGGCGCGCGCAUGCGGCCUGCAUAUGAAACAGUCCUCCCGCAUGGUGGUAUUUGUACAAACGAGUGACAAUGCGCUGAAAAUGAGUUAUCCUCUCUCGCUGCUUGAGGGCAAAACCCAGGACUCGCACGAAGUGUGGAUGACUGGGCUGCCGGACAAGUAUAAAUGCAGACCUCAAACGGAGGAAUUUGAAGUCAUGUGCUUGGCUGAUUUCGCAUCAAGGUGCAGAAUUGUUUACGGUAAACAAGUCAAAGGUAAAAACGUUUUGCGUCUGCUGAACGAUAUGGGGUUUGUACAAAAAAGAACAGAAAAACCUGCGGUCAUCAAAUAUUGUAAAUUCUCAGAACAAAAGAAUCCAGAGGAAUAUCACCGCACCUUGCUCAAGCUGUACCUGCCUCAUCGUGCUGAUUGCCAGUUGAAAUCUGAACGCUUUCCCACCUCACAGUUGUUCCACGAGCAUGCCUGUGUACAGUUACCGUACGCCGACCAUGUGGAGCGCGUGUCUGAAAUCGUCAAGAGGAACAGAAAAACGUACGAGGGACACAGUGGAGACAUUGAAGAUGCCAUCAGAGAGUUGGAGGAAAGCGGGCUCAAUGUGAACGAAUGGUGCCACCUGGCUCCCGAGAGUGAGCUGCAAAGACUCGAAUGCAUUGAGGAAAUCAACGCGAGAGACGACCCGACUGAGAACGCGGAGGAAAACGUCCCCGACUAUAACGUGAGAUCGGCGACGAGAGAAACGGCUAUUGUGGCUGAACCUGCUGCCAUCGAUCCCACGGUGUUACGCAGUAUGUAUCGAAACCUGAACCGAAAACAAGCGUCUGUGUUCUACAAGGUCCGAGAUUGGUGCGUGAAACGUGUUUGUAGCUCGAAGCCGAUCGAGCAGUUUUUCUACUAUGUCAACGGUGGCGCCGGGACCGGCAAAUCGCAUCUGAUCAAAUGCAUCCACGCGGAGGCCACGAAAAUACUGCUCAGACUACCACGACUGGCUGAGGAAGCGGACAUUUGCAAACAGACUGUUGUUCUCGCAGCCUUCACGGGUACGGCGGCAUUUAACAUUUCAGGGACCACUUUGCAUUCUCUCCUCAAACUGCCGAGAAGUCUCAGACCCCCGUAUCAAGGCCUGGGCAACAAACUGGACGAAGUCAGAGCGGAGCUUUCGAUCGCUGAAAUACUCAUUAUCGACGAGAUUUCCAUGGUGUCAAAAGACCUUUUUGCCUACGUGAGUACCAGAUUGAAACAAAUCAAAGGAAUCGAUUUACCUUUUGGCGGUAUGUCUGUGCUUGCUGUCGGAGAUUUCUUUCAGCUCCCUCCUGUGAGACAAUCCAAACCUUUGUGCGUGUACGAUCCUACUCGGCUGGACCACUGGCGCGACAACUUCAAAAAGAUCACGCUCACGGACAUCAUGAGGCAGAAAAAUGAUGCCGCCUUUGCCGAAGUGCUGAACAGACUCCGCGUCAAAGACAGGUCUCGCGAACUGUCGGAACCGGACGCAUCUCUGCUUGCUACGAGGUACGCUUCUCCAGUAACGUGUCCAAAGAAUAUUCUGCAUAUUUUUGCCACCAAUAAGCAGGUAGACGGCCAUAAUUCCGCGAUGCUGAAUCUGCUUCAUAAGGACGUCGUGCAAAUCGACGCCGAUGACUACAAGAAAGACAAAAAAACCGGCAGAAUGGCAAGGCAAGCGACCCCUGUCCGAGGACCUAAGAACGGGUUGCCCGACUCGAUCAAAGUCGCCGUCGGCGCCCGCGUCAUGAUCACACGCAAUAUUGAUGUUCAAGCAGGUCUGUGCAACGGGACAUUUGCAAAAGUUGUGCAAUUGGUGAAUUACCCAAACGAAGCGCGUGUACAGAAACUCGGGCUGGAGCUAGAUUGUGUCGCUAAGACGAGAAGUGCUGAGAAUUCUGUGUUCAUUGACAGACAGGAGGAGAGGAUGCAGAAUACCGGAGUGGUGCGCCGGCAGUUUCCCGUUAAGCUUGCUUUUGCUUGCACGAUCCAUAAGGUACAAGGCAUGACAACAUCUGAGGCCGCGGUUUCGCUGAAAGGCGUUUUCGAACACGGCAUGGGCUACGUAGCUCUGAGUAGAGUGACUUCGCUCAGCGGUCUUCAUAUUCUGCAUAUGGAUGAGAGAAAAAUUCAUGCAAAUCCGGAAAUCACUGCUGCUCUUGCUGAGAUGACAGAGGAUUCUUUGGACGGCGUGAUGCCCCUGUUUCACGUGAUGCCGAGGGUGGAUAAAGCAAAGGACCUGAUCGUCGUCCAUCAUAACACCGAAGGGCUGUCUUGUCACGUGCAGGAUAUCGCGUGUCACCACGAACUGCGUUUUGCUGAUGUUUUGUGCCUCACAGAAACGCACCUCCGAGGAUCUGCGGCCGCCUGCUUGGAAGGCUAUACCAUGUUUCACAGGAAUCGAAGUGAUUCUUAUACAACCUGUCCCGACUUGGCGACAAAACUCGGUGGCGGCGUAGGUAUUUGUGUCAAAAGUCACAUCGCGGCCCAGGAAAAGAAAUACGUACAGGGUGUGACCGAUAUUGAAUUUGUUGCGGUGAAACUGGAAGCUCCCAUCAAUUUGUUGAUCGCUGCCGUUUACAGGCCUCCCGGGCACAGUCUGCGCGCAUUUCUGCCAAGCUUGGGAAACCUGUUGCGUUAUCUUGAAGUCAUGGACCAUCACCAGAUCUUGGUAUGUGGCGAUUUUAACGAAGAUGCGCUCUCCGCCUCGUACAAGCCCGUCCUUGAAUUGUUUUGCUCAAAGGGUUACACGCAGCUCAUAACCACUGCUACCACUGACAAAAACACAUUGAUCGACCUAAUUUUUGUCUCUCGACCUCAGUGUGCUCUUUAUUCAGGUGUCCUGCAAACGUACUACAGCUAUCAUAAUCCUGUUUUCUGUGUCUUGAAUACUGAAAGAGUUUCUUUUAUCUGGCGAAAGCAGUUCGACCCACAAUGGAGGCCAGAGGUAAACAUUCUCCACAAAGACCUUGAGGAUGCAAAAACUUCCAGCGUGGACCAAUGACUCCCGAACCAGGCAGGCGAGAAGCAAGACUUAUUCUUCUUUUUUCCGUGUUUCCUGUAACUCCACGUGCUCCAUUUGUCAAGACGGGAGUUUGGCCCCUGCGGUGCUCAACCUUGAUGGGAUUUGGCCUGUCUUGCCAGAGAAAUGACACAGCACAGCGACAGCCAAGUCUUUCAAAAAGACUCGUACGAUGGAGGCCAGCAUCAUGGAACGCAAACUCCCAAACCAGCGUGGCAAUCGUGACUUCUGCUGAUUCUUCUAUGGAACAAUCAAGGGCACCUCUGGCAGCUCUUUGCUUUGACUCUGACAUCUACCUUUUUUAUUUUUAACAUGCUGUCUUUCAUGUGCCUUCUCUGCAUCCAUUGCAGCCUGGUGAUCCUGAAAGGGGGAUCCUCCCAUCUGUGGUCCCUUCUCAAGGUUUCUCAUUUUUCCCCUGGUGUUUUUUUUUUUUGAGUUUUUCCUUGCCCUUUUGGAAGCUUAAGAUCAGGGGGUGCUUUGAGAAUAAUUGCCAAUUUGUCUAUGCGAAGCCCUUUGAGACUGCUUGUGAUUUAGGGCUAUGUAAAUAUAUUUUACUUGACUUGACUUCUAUGAGUAGCCAGCGAGGAAAAUUGUCCCUUUUUAGUUUUGCUGCUUUUCCUCACCUCCAUGUUUUUAUCGUAUCUUCUUGGGUAUUGCCUGGCCUUUGACUGUUGGAAACUUGUCCCUUUGGCUUUACUCUAUUAAGUCUCAGAUACGUACAGUCUGUUUUCUGUUCUCCUUUAUUUAUGUAUUUAUUUGUUUAUUUGUUUGAUUGCUUAUUUAUUGUUUAAUCGUACUUUUAUUUGGUUACUUUUUCGGCAAUGCUUUGAACUCUGAAGUUGUAAUCAUUUUGAUUUGCACAAUUGUUGAACUUUAUACAUUUCUUUGCCUCAAACCAUGUUUACAUUAUCUUUUGUAUAUGUAUCCCAAGUCUGUCUAAUACCAUCUCCAAUCAUGCUACAGUUGAAUUAUUAAAUAAAUUAAAAAAAAACACUUGUUGUGUUUAUGCAGAGUAGAGAUGAACGCUAAUGUACUUUUUUAUUCAGCAACUUUUUAUUUUUCCCCACUUGUCUCACAUAGCAGUACAAUCUCUCUUGCGCACCACAGCACGCCCCACUGACAAUAUUAUGCAAGACCUCCUCUAACGCACUAUAUAUAUGUAUUAUAGUUUCAACAUGUCAAGGUGUCUGGAAAAAAAAAAGGGAAUUGACUUUGUUUCCUACGUCUGGAUUUUAUUCACAUUGCUGUGAUUGUUUGCAGCAAUGGGUCCUAAUUUAUUAGUCUUUGGUAUGACCUGGCUGGGUUUUGAACUCAUAACCUUCCGGUUCCAGGGUGGACAUUCUACCACUAGGCCACUGAGCUGGAGCUUUUGUGUUGUUUUUAGUUUAUAUAAACUUUCAGCUUGUUUUUUUUUUGUUUUUUUAAACUUAAUUUUAUUUUUUAAAUAUUUUAGCAGAUGCACUGAUCGUUUGGCAUUUUUAAUUUUGUUGUACAUGUAACAAUGGCAAUAAAGAUCUAUCUAUUUAUCUAUCGGUGUAACUAAUAAAGUUGUGACAAUAUGCUCAAA